AGGCGGCGGGCCCCCAGCAGUACACGUGGGCCUCGCUGGCGCGGGACUUUCGAUUGUGCGCCAGGGGAUCAUUAUCCCGCGCUUAUUUUGGCGGUGAGGGCGCUGGUGCUGCCGUGGCGCUCCAAGCCGCGCUGGACGCGACCACCUCCGGCUCGGUGGACGCGCCGCCCGGCGUUGUCCUCAUGCGCCCCCCGGCGGCGCUGGUCCCUGACGCGCAGCUGGCCUCCCCAGGUGGCGGGCAGGAGAGCCGGGAGGCGUGGCGCGCCCGGCUGGAGGCGGCCGUUGCGGCAUUGGAGAAUGGGGGGCACGGAGCCGCGGAGGCGCUGGCUGCGCAGGACGGCGGCAUGCCGUGGCUGCUGGCCGGCGGCGAAGCGGCCUGCUUCGCGGAGCCGCGGCCUGCGGCGGGGCGGCUGGCGGAGCUGUGGCGCCAGGCCGCGGCGCCCGGCGUGCUGGCGGCGGCGCUGCGGGGACACGCGGCCUCGCAGCCGCUGGGCUCGGCCCUGGGGGCGCUGGGCGAGAGCAGGCAGAGCGGCAUGGCGGCCGACGCGUACGGCGUGCCCCAGGAGUUCAGCUGCCCCGUCCUGCUGCUCGCAGUGCGCGACGACCCGGCGUGCCCCUUGGCGGCCGUGGAGCGGCUCGCGGGGCUGUUGCCCGGUGCGGAGGUGGCCGUGGCCGCGGAUUUCGCGGAGGCGCGGCGCAGCUGGGGGCAGCUCAUCGACAAGUUCCUGCGGAAGGCGUGGAUGAAGGAGUUCCUCACCAAGCGUGUCAUGCCACAGUGAGCCGCCGCCGCGGCUGCCGUGGUGUCAUGCCCGCCCCCCGGGCGCGGCCUUGACGCGCGCUCGCGCGGUCGGGGGCUGGCGGCUCGGGCGUACGCCCCUCGGUUGGCUCGAGCGCCGAAGCAGAGAGUCGGGAACC